CUAAUUUCCAACUCAUUUUUACACCCAUUUGACAAAAAAAAAAAAUUCCAAUCAACUUGACACACACCACUUCUUCCAUCACCCAUUUGAAAUGCACGAAUAGAGCCAACCAGAUGAUUGCUGACGAGCUCAUCAAGAAGUUUGGGUUUCUCAUCUCUCCUUCCCCUGCUCCAGAUUCUACUCCUUCCCCUGACUCAUCUUAAGCAUCCAAACCUUCCCCUGCGCCUCAUUCUUUGUCACUACCGCUCUCCCAGUUCAUGUAAACUUGUUUUGCACGGCGGUUUCGCUGAGUUCCGGCGGUGAUGGGAAGGAUGAGGAGGAUCUGUUUUCCGACCUACCGGAGGAGAAUGUGAGCAGCAGUUUUGACGGUGGUGGUCCAGGUGGUGGUGAUGGCGAGGAGGAUGAGGACGAGGACAGUGAUUACGACUGCUCUGAGGAAAGCUCUCACGGGGAUGAUGAGUUCGAGGGCACGAGCUGGAGCAACUCAACCGGAAGAAAGAAGAACAACAACAAAAACAAGAAGAAGCAGCAGCGUCGUCUUCUCAAUGGCACCGCGGCGAGCCCUCUUCGUAUCCGGGCCGCGGCAGGCCACCAUCCUCCAACAGCGCCUCGAUCGGCCGUCGGCGUGCCUCCGUCGUCACCGCCACCAUGACCGAGACUUACAUCAGCCUCAGCCAGGCGGUAAUUAAUUAAUUAAUUAAUUACU